AUGGUCUGCCCGGUUCCCGCUCAAUCAUUCUUGGACAUCGUUGCAGCCUGCGACAACUACCGCCUAUAUGCAGACCGCACGUCCCUCGCCACCUGGCGUCUUACCUCCCAUCCCACAUCCCCCGCCAUCGGCCUCCUUCGCCCAGAGAUCGUAGCCCAGCUCUGCGCGGAAGAUGCCAGAGGCUCGGUCCCAGCAUGGGAGUUUGCCACGCACGACGGCAAGCAGGUUGUCGGUUUCUCGUCUCACAUCCACGGGCCGUCUGCACGCACGCGCGUCAUGAAAGAGCUGUGUGAGCGCUGGGACGAAGGGUGCUGGCCCGACGUGAUCGGCCCACGGAAAUGGCGCAACGAGAUGUACGCGGUAUACCGCAAUCAGUUCGGCGUGCACGACGCGCUGCCGACCGACGACACGGACAAUGACGGGAAGAAUCAUGCUUUCAUGAUGGAGCGCUCCGCGUGUGCGCUCUUCGGCGUGGUCACGUACGGUGUACACAUGUCGAUCUUCGAGGAGGAUGAAGACUCGCGCGCCACGCUGGACUCUUGCCGCAUGUGGGUGCCGACGCGUUCCAGAAGUAAGCAGACGUGGCCCGGCUACCUCGACAACACCGUCGCUGGAGGUAUUCCGUGCGGGCUCGGCGUGUUCGAGAGCAUCGUCAAGGAGUCAAUGGAGGAGGCCAGUCUGGCAGAAGAGGUAAUUCGGAAGGGCGCGCGCGCGGCGGGCAGCGUAUGCUCUUUCUUCCAGCUCAAGAAAGUGAUGCACGUCUAUCACAAUUAUGUUUAUGACCUCCGCAUCCCUAUCGGGGAGGGCCAAGAGACAUGUAAGCCCAAGCCGCUCGACGGCGAGGUUGACUCACUUGAACUCCUUCCCCUAAUCGAGGUCGUGUUGCGCAUGCAGCGGGGUCUUUUCAAGCCUGAUGCGGCAUUGGCGGUUGUUCUCGAUUUCAUGAUCCGCCGCGGGUAUCUUACGCCGGAGGACGAACCGGGCUACCAGGAGAUCGUGACGCGCCUGCAUGGUGGAUUCGAAUAUGACAAGUGGUGA